GUAGACGUAAAUCCAGCGGUCAAUUCCAUCCUCAAGAUCACAAACCCUCGCUUUGGCCACAAUCCUCUCUGCAAGGGCACGUUUCUGGCGAAUACCAUAUCACGAGCGGUGGAGACGGAUUGAAACCUAGAAGGAAAGAUGUCGGGCAUGGGGGACGGGUACGUGGGCACCGCCCAAGACGCUGUAAGAAUCCGAAGGCUUGAGAAACAAAGAGAAGCAGAAAGGAAAAAGAUCCAAGAGCUUAAAAGUAAGAACGCACAAGGCCAAUCCGGUCUUCUUCAAUUCGGCUCCGGAACUUCCGAAAUACUUGAGACUGCCUUCAAGAAGGAAACGGUUGGACUGGUCACUAGGGAGCAGUAUGUUGAGAAGAGAGUUAACAUUCGGACCAAGAUUGAAGAAGAAGAGAAAGAGAAACUUCAAAAGCUACAACAAGAGGAGGAGGAGCUUCAAUUACAAAAACUAAAGAAGAGGAAAAUCAAGGUUAACCCAAGGCUAUCUUUUUGUGAAGAUGUUGAGAACGGGGAAGAAGAAGAUGUGGAGGAUAAAAAUAAAGAAUCAAAUAUGUUUGGCCGAAGAGGCUUUGGCAAAGAUCCCACAGUAGAAACCAGCUUUCUGCCGGACAGUGAGAGGGAGGCAGAGGAGCAAGCUGAGCGUGAAAGGUUGCGGAAACAAUGGUUACGUGAGCAAGAGCAGAUUCGAAAUGAGGCUCUUGAAAUCACUUACAGUUACUGGGAUGGAGCAGGCCACAGACGAGUGAUGCAGGUUCGAAAAGGCGAUACGAUUGGCGAGUUUCUGCGGGCUGUCCAGCAGCAACUUGCACCUGAAUUUCGAGAAAUACGUACAACUUCAGUUGAAAACCUUCUGUAUGUGAAAGAAGAUCUCAUCAUUCCACAUCAACACAGUUUCUAUGAGCUGAUCGUGAACAAAGCUAGGGGAAAAAGUGGGCCGCUUUUCCACUUUGAUGUGCAUGAGGAUGUGCGAACGAUAGCGGAUGCAACCAUAGAGAAGGAUGAGUCGCAUGCUGGUAAAGUUGUCGAGAGGCACUGGUAUGAGAAGAACAAGCACAUAUUUCCUGCUUCAAGAUGGGAGAUAUAUGACCCGACAAAGAAGUGGGAAAGGUAUACGAUCCAUGGGGACUGAUCAACCAAAGUAGAAUGCCGUCAAGUCGUAUGUUCUCUGAGGUGGUUAUUGCGAAAUGUGUUUGUAUGUUACUUGUUCCCAUUUGCUUUUGAAUCUUAUACUAUAUGUAUGCAAUGGCAAUUUGCUUGCUCUUUUCCUAUUAGUAUUGGGAACAUAAAGCUUACAUAUGGUGGAACCUUAUAUUUUGAUGGGGUAACCAUUUUCAGUGUUAGAAAUUGUCAAAUCUGGUGCCAAAGU